CCUCUCAGAAACACUCUCACAUCACUCCGAAGACCUUGCACCCUUUCUCAUCAGUAUUAACUCGCACCCUCUUUCACGCAUACUGAGCUCCACUCAGUGCAACUACCUGCCUUAACAAUCUACAACUACAGCAACAGACCCUGAACAAUGGGGGGAGAGACGGUUGAUUACUCUGAUAAAGACUUCACUUAUGACUAUGAGGUGAUCAGAAGAGGAGGGCUGAUCUUCGCCGCUGUCCUCUUCUGUUUGGGCAUCGCCAUUAUUUUCAGCAAAAGACUGACCUGUGGGAGCAAACGAGCAGCAAAGCCUGUGAACUUAGACGAGCUUUAAACUCUGCAUGGUUGCAGUGAGGCACUCUUGUACAGCAGGUAUCCCAACAUGUAGCAGUCGAUCCUACCACCUUUGAAGACUAAUCACACCUAAAAACAUAAGAUUCAAUUU